UUCUCUCUCUCUCUGUUUGUGUGUUCGCGCUAACCAUUUUGAAGUGCUCUCUGUGCUCGCGCUUGCGUGUGUAGUCAAGUGCAAAGGUGAAGUUGUUGAUCGAGAUCCAUAGAUAAAAGGCCGAACGCAAGUAUGGGAGAUGUCCUGACUGAAGAACAGGUUGCUGAGUUUCAAGAAGCUUUUUGUCUCCUUGAUAAGGAUGGAGAUGGCUACAUCACCAUUGAAGAAUUGGGGAUUGCGAUCAAAUCAUUGGAUCAAAAUCCUACCGUGGAAGAAUUGCAAAGCAUGAUCAAUGAAGUGGACAUUGAUGGCAACGGAACCAUAGAAUUUGGGGAGUUCUUGAAUCUAAUUGUAAGGAAAAUGAAGGAAAAUGAAGUGGAAGAGGAAUUGAAAGAAGCUUUUAAAGUGUUUGACAAAGACCAAGAUGGUUACAUCUCACCUAAUGAGUUAAGGCAUGUAAUGAUAAAUCUAGGAGAGAAACUGACAGAUGAAGAGGUGGAUCAAAUGAUAAGAGAAGCUGAUUUGGACGGCGAUGGUCUUGUUAAUUACGAGGAAUUCGUGAGAAUGAUGUUGGCUGUUUGAUCAAAAUCUCUUAUUUAAUUUGUCUCUCUAUUGAUCAAUGUAACCAAAACAGAGAUUAUAUAUAAAUAUAUACAUACGAUGGCAAGAACCAGAAAUAUAUAUCAACAUGGAACGUGAGAAUGCUUAAAACUUUUUAAUUAGGCAGCAUCCAAGGGGAAAAAAAAAUUCUUAAAAUAGGGGUAUUGUACAUGCGGAUACGGUUAUUUGCAAUAUUUUUAGUUGUAUUUGUGAAUUAUGGAUAUCACUUUUAGAUAUCCGCAUCUGUAUCUUCAUUAUGUU